AGCUGAUGAGCGUCAGCGAAGGGUUCCCAUCCACACACCGUAAUGGUCCGAGAACUUGUAGACGGGUGUCAUUGCGUUGCCGAUGAUAGCGCCGCAAAGACGAAUGCUAGCUGCGCGUGGUCAUUACCGUCGUCGCUGUCGAUAUCAGAUGCAGCGUUGGACCCGACACCAGAGCAAAAAGGGAUUCCCACCGUAAUACGGACCGCAGACAGUCGGACGCAGUUUGAGCAGUCAAACGAAUCGCAGGAAGCGGUGAAAGUGGUUUUGUUGUUACUUGGGGAGGAAUAUCUAUAACCGUGCUUUUUUGGUGCGAGUGUUUCACAAAUUUUAAUCGGUACUAGUGACGAGUGCUAAUGAAAAACUAUGGUGCAAUUGUGGAACGACAGUCAACGGACUGAUGCUACUGCAUAUCUGCUGGUGUUACUCUCAUGUGUUCCAAACAUAGCAGCCAUUUUCGUUCCAAGACUACACUCCAGUCCCGGCAAUGACAGCGGUACGGCACUGUUCAGAGAGACGGUUGUGGCCGCGAGGUCGUCCAUAGAGUUCCAACCGUUCAACACAUCAGACUCCUCCGUACCGGGCAACGAAUCUCAGAACGGCUCGAGUUCUCCCACAAUAUGCAUCGUUACGAGCAGUUUGGACGAUUUGCCACCCGAUCUGUUCAGCGAGGAGCAGCGACUCCAGGGCGCAAUUGUGCUCCAUUUUGUGGCUGCCAUAUAUUUCUUCAUGUUGCUGGCGUACGUCUGCAGCGAGUACUUCCUACCAUCGGUCGAGUGUUUGUGUGAGGAUUUGAAGCUGUCGCAGGACGUUGCCGCUGCAACCUUCAUGGCGACGGCUACCUCGAUGCCAGAAUUUUUCACCAACACCAUAAGCACGCUGGCGGUUGACUCGGACAUCGGGCUCGGUACGAUUAUGGGCUCGAUGCUGUUUAACACGCUCGGUGUGGCGGCUCUCGUGGGUUUACUGACAAAGAUGCACGUCCAGCUAGAUUGGUGGCCACUGACGCGCGAUUCCAUCAUUGUCUCCAUCUCCACCACGCUGCUGGUGGUGUGCGUAUGGGACGGCCGCGUGGAAUGGUAUGAAGCGAUGCUAUUCAGCAUCACCUACCUGCUGUACUUUGUGGUGAUGUUCAAAAACGAAUCAUUGAAAAGGAUAGCCGUGCACUAUAUACAGAACCGCUGGAAUCUUUGCGGGCGAUUGGACCCAGAACCGGAGGAUGGUACGGUAGAUCACAAGGUGCGCAGGAAGUAUUCGAUCGCCGUUUUAGGGCACGCCAUCAACGGUAUGAUCGUGGGAAUAAAUGAUGAGACCACCAAAAAGGAUCCAGCCAGCACUGAAACAACAACCACGAGUACGGCGGUAGAACCAUCAGACACUCAUCCCCGAUCCGGGAGUACCUCGGAAUCGUUGAAGAGCGUCAAGUGGAACGAACUGACACAUCUGCCGGAAGCGUCGUGUGCUGGCUGGAGGACGAUUCUGUGGUUCUUUACCUGGCCGUAUCGGUUGGUUGUGUUUCUGACCGUUCCCGACCCACUCCGUUUCCGUAAGCUGUACCCGCUGACGUUUCUCUGCUGCAUCGGGUGGAUCGGGCUGAGUGCUUACAUCGUGUUCUGGAUGAUCUCGGUAAUUGGUAAUACGUUCGGCAUACCGGACACGGUAAUGGGCAUGACGUUCCUGGCGUUUGGUGGCUGCAUGCCGGAAGCUGCAUCAGCUGUAACACUUAUUCGAAGAGGCAAUGGUGCAAUGGGCGUCUCGAACUCACUGGGAGCUAAUACGCUUGCCAUACUGUUUUCGCUCGGUUUGCCCUGGUUCAUCAGGACAAUGAUAGAUGGUGGCCCGUCAACCGGUGCUUACAUCGCGAUCCAGUCGUACGGUAUCCAGUAUUCGGUGCUCGCCCUGUUUGGUGCCAUCCUGACGCUCUACGUUGUACUAUACGUUGCCAAAUAUACACUACGGAAGCUGGUCGGACUUGCACUGGGCAUAGGAUAUCUGGUGAUCGUAACGUUCAUGAUCCUUGUCGAGCUCGAUCUCUUCUUCCCUGCUAACAACCGAUGCUGAAAACGUACCCAUCGUAUGUUUUAACCCUAAAUCUAUGGCUGUAGCGAGCGGUGAAGAAGUAUUGUAACGAAAGUUUGUAAAUUUUUAACAAAGGUAAUAAUGUGUAUGACUGAUGAAGAAUAGUAUAAUUUAAAAACUUUAUCGCUUGUUUGGCCACUGUCGAAGAAACCCAAGUACAGUACGCUAUGGACGAUAGUUUUAAUUAUCCUUGUGACCACGAACAAAACGCAUUUAUGUAAUAAAUAUACUGCAGAAAUGAAAUUCGUAUACCAA